GUACAACAAUAAUAACUACGGCGCUGGCUACGGCCAGUCCAACCCAUACGACAACUACGGCCAAGCGCCUCCCGCAUACGGUAGCAACGUCGAAAUGCAGCCUCUCGCCCACCACGGUGCUCCUUACUCGUCCGCGACCCCAGAGCCCCGCGAUCCUAAUCAGAUCUUGAACGACUGCCGUGCUGUUGGCAGAGCCAUUGACGAUCUGGAGAGCCGCCUUCAAGAGCUGCAACGUCUUCAACGCAAUUUUGUUUCAGGGACCGGCGCCUCUAACAAAGAUGUCGAUGCCCUCAGCGCCGACAUCAUGUCUGGCUACCGCGGUCUGGCAGAUCGGGUGAAGCGCAUCAAGGGACAGCCAGAUGCUUCAGCACCACGGAACAAGGCACAGGUGGAGGCAUUGGACCGAAGAAUACGCAAGGCCAUCAAUCAAUACCAGCAGAUCGAGUCGCAAUUCCGCAAAGAGGUUCAGGAGCAGCAACGGAGACAAUACCUGAUCGUUCGCCCAGAUGCUUCGGAAUCUGAGAUCAGAGAGGCUACAGAGGGUGGCGGUGACACUCAGAUCUUUCAACAAGCUCUGCUCAACGCAGACCGCCGUGGACAAGCACAGAGCACGCUGAGAAAUGUGCAACAACGUCACGACGCUAUCCAACAAAUCGAGCGAACGAUGAUCGAAUUGCAACAGCUUUUCCAGGACUUGGAUGCUAUCGUCGUCCAGCAAGAAGCCGCUGUUAUGAAUAUCGAACAAAAAGCCGAAGAAACUCACACUCACCUCGAAGCCGGCAACGUGCACGUCGACAAAGCGGUCAGCAGUGCCCGCGCCGCAAGGAAGAAGAAGUGGAUCUGCUGCGGCAUCUGUCUUGCGAUUAUCGUCGUUAUCAUCAUCAUCAUUCUGAUUUAUGGUGCUACUGCGGGGGGUUGGUUUAAGAAGGACAAUAACAAUAACAAUCACAACUAGGAGUCCAGCGCAUCGUUCCAACUCCGACGCAAAACAACGACACACAGCUUCAUCUACAUCCUCCCUCCAGAUGCGAGCGUCAUCCACUGGAACCACCCCGAACUCAAUGACAGAUAAUUUGAGAAGAGUGUGUGCCAGUCAUAUAUGUAUGCAUGCUCGCAGCUAGUUUUCACUUUUUUUUUCUUUUUGCAUACCCUCACAGCGACGGAGUUUUAGUCUUUUUUGGAAACCGGCAAAGUUUUUUGAAAGAAACGAAAACGAACAGUGUGCCACAGACGGUCGGGGUCGGUUGGGAGGAGUUUUUUUUAUUCGGGUUAUCUUGUAGCAGGCCAGGCAGGGGAAAGGAAGAAGUAAAGAAAGUAUACCAACCAUAUUUAAUU